UCGGGCACCCGGCCGGGCGGAGCGCGACCGACGCGCCGAGCCGCGCCAUGGGGGAGGCACCCAGCCCCGCGCCCGCGCUCUGGGACUGGGACUACCUGGACCGCUGCUUCGCCCGCCACCGCGUCUGCAUCUCCUUCGGCCUGUGGAUCUGCGCCUCCUCCUGCUGGAUCGCCGCCCACGCGCUGCUGCUCUAUCUGAGAUGUGCAAAGAAAUGUGGGCAGGGCCAGUCGGCACUGUGCGCCGCGUGCUGCCUCCUGAGCAGUCUGUGUGACACCAUCGGGGCUGUUCUAGCCAGACAGCUCACCAUCCAGGUUUUCACUGGCGCCUACCUAGCAGCUAUUGACCUGGUGAACUUUGUGUUCAUUCUGCUCCCAGUCUGUGGAUCCAAAUUCAAGUCUAAUUCAGAUCGGGGCUCCCGAGGCAGGAAGAGGAGGCAGCGGCUCAGGGCCAGUGUGUUUGCCCUGGCCCUGCCGCUGAGCCUCGGCCCGUGCUGGGCUCUCUGGGCUCUCUGGGCCACUGUCCCAAAGGCUUCAGCCCCCAUCCGAGGACUGCAGAGGAGGCUGCUGGCAAGCGUGCUGCAGGAAAAUACAGAACUCCUCGGCUACCUGCUGGGCAGCAUUGCUGCCUUCGGCGCCUGGGCUUCCCGGAUCCCCCCUCUCUCCAGAAUCUGCCAGGGGAAGACAUUUUCCUCCAUCUACCUGUGGACCCGGCUCCUGUCGGCCCUGGCUGGCCUCCUCUACGCCUCGGCCAUUGUGGCCCAUGACCGGCAGCCCGAGUACCUGCUGCGGGCCACACCCUGGUUCCUGACCUCCCUCGGCCGAGCUGCGCUGGACCUUGCGAUCAUUUUCCUUUCGUGCGUGCUGAGAAGCAAGAUGAGACGGGCCUUGGGAUUUGCCACCGAAGCCAGAGAGAGCCCCGACACCCAGGCCCUUUUGACCUGCACAGAGAAAGAGGAAGAAAACCAGGAGGCGAGGAACGAGGACAAGAAUUCAGAUUGGGUACCUCUCACCACACUGUCACACCACAAGUCACUGAGGACGAUGGCAGCAAUCAGUCACUACAUGGAGCUGACCAUCGAGCCCGUGCAGCAGGCAGGCUGCAGUGCCACCAGGCUGCCCGGCGACGGACAGACGGGCGCUGGAGACGCCCCGCUGCAGGAGCCGCCCUCGUACCCUCCUAUUCAGGUCAUCCGGGCCCGAGUGUCUUCCAGCAGCUCCUCCGAGGUGUCCUCCAUCAACUCCGACCUGGAGCAGAAGUAUUGGGAGGCCCUAAACUCGGAGCAGUGGGACCCUGAAGAUGUGAACCUUGAAAGACACAAAGACAGCAUGGAGAUACUCGGAUCCCAGGUGCACAGGGGCUCUUUGAGGCCAGUAGACUUGACCUCUGAUGAUUAACACUAACACCUUUUGAAGCCAGCCCAUCAGCUCAGAGCCCAGGCAGGUGUUUGUCAGUAACUGAGCACGGAUCAACUGCUCUGACACCCAUGGCAGGAAUUUAAGCUGCUGCAGAAGCUGCCCAGGAAAGUGAGGAACCAGGAGCUGUCACUGAGCUGGGCUCAUCUACAUCAUGGCUCAGAAUGGAGCUAAGACUUUGGGUCCUGUGGACAGACUGGGAUGGGCCCACAGUUUGUUCUGAAGAUUAGAAGUUCACAGACCGCUCUUGCUUUGUAAAGAUAAGUCUUCAUCCAACGGACAUUGGACCUUUUCCCUUUAUUCGCUUGAGAUUCAACCACAAACUCAAUACCUGCUACGUGCCAGGAAUGAGCUCACCCAACAAACAGCUCAUGUGUUUGGAUCUCAGCAGAGCCCAUUCUUCAAGACCUGGCUAAGCCCAGGAGAUGAGAGGGGUAGACCUCUCAUCUGGGGUGCUGGGGUGUCUGCGGCACACAGAAACUGACAGUUCUGGCUUCUGCCCUCCAGUCACCCACGUGAGUUAGCUGCUGGAAGUUACAGAUAGGACUGCUCAGUCAAGCAUUUGUGAACUCACUGGUAUUACAAAGACACGCAAAACAAAUUGCUCUGGGCACCAGGACUCCCUCCAACCUGGCAAGCUGUGUGCUGUGGCAAGGUUUGCAGGUGAGGGGGACUGUAUGCUUCAGGAGGUAAAUAAAUGCAUGCAGAGGAUAAGAGGCAUGAUGGGAGGUGUUCAAUUCAAGCAGAGCAAUCCCAUUUUGGACCAUUUUGAUACGGUGGUGAGUGUUGGGAAGGAUGCAAGGAAAGGGGCUAAAGUGGGAGUGAACACUGGGGUGAAUAAAUUCUGAUUGAA